AUGUCGGCCGCUCAAGUCGCUCCUACCAUUCCUCCUCGCCCUGCUCGAGCCCAGCAAGCUGCUGCCCACGGCGCAGGGAAGCUGCCUGAUAUCCCUCCUCGUCCUAUCAACAAGCGUCUCGAGCGUUCGGUUUCGCCCUCCAACUACCCUCGGUCUCCUCUGAACGAGCCAUGGUCCGCCAAUCUCACCCGCCACAAGACCAAUGAGCAAGCCUCCGCCGAGGGAUUGCCCCGUCGUCCCAGCGUCCAGUACCUGCCAUCUCUUGGACAAGAAGGCAUGGAGUAUGGCGAGAUCAUGGACAUGGGAAUGGAGAUACAGGGGGAUAUGCAGACGAAUGAGAAUGCCCCUGUCUCGACUUCGGCGCCGGAUGCCGCGGCUCAGACCAGAAAUAUCGCACAAGACCUUCAUUUGCAUGCUCCAAAGCCCUCCCUCCCCAAGUCAAGCGCCACUGCGCAAGUUCAGGCCGUAACCCGGACGGACUCGCAGCAGGCCGCUUCCCACGGUCUCGGGAAGCCGGCCACUCCCUCGCAAGAUGAAAGUGACGGGCUACAGCAAGGGAGGCCCAGAUCUAGUUUCUCUCGGCCCUCAUCUACAAUCGGCGGAGAGCGUCGUCCCUCAGUCUUUGGAGAUGAGGAGUCGGGUCCCGCAGAACUGGGUCUCCGAGUCCCCAUUAACCCUCUCCUGGGAGACGUGCAGGCGCCUUCUCCCGCUAUAGGUCUGAGUCCGGCUCAUACGGGCGCGAACGGUGACAAGAGGCGCCCCACCCACUCCCGUGCGAAAGCGAGUAGGGAGAUCUUCACUCCUCCUGGGAGCUAUGGCCUUCAUGGCCAUGGCGUUGCUCCUCAAGACAGGUUCGAAAAGGACUGGUACGCCAAACACCCCGAUGUUGCGCAGAUCGAGGAAACCCUUGGGCACGGAGUCUAUGAGAGCAUUGGGAGUGGCCGCGGUGCUUUCGCUCUGAGUAGCGAUGAUUUGAAUAAAAUUGUGCGGGAUACGGCCAGCCGCGGAGCAGGACUCGGAACGUCAGGAUCAACCUUUUCAUAUCCGGAUGAACAAAUCGGGUAUCUAGCCUCGGACAUCUACGUCUCCAGAUCUCAGCAAAAUACUCCCAACAACCUCGCGAAAACCCUCACCAAUACCUCCCAGCCGGCUCUCGAGUCUCCACUGAGGAAAGCCAGUUUCCCAGCGGACGAUACCAUCCCUGCUGAAGUCCGUCGUGGCCGACUUUCGGUUUCUAGUAGACAUGACGAUGCUGUCGAAAGCGAACAAGAGGGAGAAAUUCAUGUUCCAGCGGGUCGACGUUUUAGCAAGAUUACAGGUGGCGAGGAAAGCGCGAAUGAAACUCUGGAUAGUCGGCCAAUCAUCUCACAGCUGAGCCAAGAAGAUGAAUAUCUCCAGCACGAAUACGGCUACACCGUGCCAAUCCUGGCAGCGGAUGAGGUCGCAAAGGAAGCCGGCUUCGAUCACCUUCAGCCCGCCGUUUCUCCCAAGCAGGAACGUCGUGGAAGCCUUGAGCCCGCAAGCGGUGACGUUACCCCCGGAUCACGACCACCAAGUCGACCCACUAGCAUGUACAGCCUCCACAGCGCCAACCAUUCCUUAUCUAGAUUCAUUUCACACCCAGAGGAACGAGACACCAUGUACACUCCACUGGAAGAUGUUCAUGAAUAUGAACCACUAUUCCCCGAGGAUGAUGAUCACAAGCCGAUUAGCCACUCUGAACGAUUCAAACAGAGGCCCAAUGCUCUCAAGCAGCGAUUCCCUAGCCAAGACAUCUGGGAAGAUACUCCAAGCAGUGCCCUCUACUCCGCCACUGUCUCUACGCCAGAUCUUCCUGCCAAGAUCGAGCAGGAUGGUUCUGCUUCUAAGACAUUCGAAUCUCCGGAACAAGAAGCUGCCCGAAAGGAGGAAGCAUCUGAGAAAGAGAAGGCUAAGUUGAUUCCCAAAGAGCAGCGAUUGGCACAAUCCCGCUUUGCGCCUCACCUUCGUGAUGACAUGCCAACCCGACCUGGCAUGGUACCCAGAUUCCCUAGCCAAGAUAUAUGGGAGGACAGCCCUGACAGUCACCAUCUCGUUACAACCAUAUCCAAUCUGCCCCGAGAAGAGCAACCGGAACCGGAGACCUCAACAGAAGCUCCAGCGAAGCCAAGCGUCCCACCACGUCCCGCUAAGAGCAGGUUAGGUGAAGGAACUUCAUCUGCUCAGAUCGCACCGAGUGUGCCACCCCGACCGCAGAAAGCACUUGGCACUAUGCCACCUCUAGGCGUUCCCCAAAAUGAUUCGUCUAAGUCGAAGGAGAGCUCUCCCACGGAAUUGAAGAAAGUCCCUAGUAUCCCCGAUCGACCGAAACCCCAAAUUCCGGCUCGCCCAGCGAAGAAACCUGCUGGAGAAGGCCUGGCGAAGACUCUUUCUGGUGGUUCAGCAGGAUCGGUUGAGCAGGAGAAGAUUUCGCCUCCCAUCGCUAAAGCGAAGCCACAAGUCCCGGCCAGGCCUGUCCCAGGCAGUAAAAUUGCCAAUCUGAGGGGGAACUUUAUGAACGAUCUCAAUCAGAAACUUGGCUUAGGACCGCCCAAGGAGAAGGAGAAGGAGCCGGAGUCGGCGGCUGAAGAAGUGAAACCUCUGGAAGAUGCACGGAAAGGCAGAGCACGAGGUCCUCAAAGACGGGCACCGGCCAAGUCUCCAGCUGCUACUGUCAAACCUAUGGGAUUCUCCAUGUUCUCACCACGUGCGUUGUGGACCAUUGAUGACGUUGACGAGCUGAAUGUAACGUCAAGCGAGUCUAACGCUCCUGCGUCCGCGCCGAAGGAAGACGAACCCGCGAAUGUGGGUGUUCCGGAGAAGGCUGAGCCGCUCGAGGACUCCGCUCCGGCAGAAUCCUCUCCGCCGGCCACUGUUGACGUAACUGAUCAUGCUGAGGGAGAAUCCAUCCCUCCCGCGACGGAGGCAAAGGUGCAACCGAUACCAAUGGCGACCAGUCUAGCCACCAACACUGCUGGGGAACUUGCAGACCCGGAACCCACAUUGGGGACGCCUACACAGGAGAAAUCUAAUCCUCUGAGCCGGAAUGAAUCAGGUCAGAAAGACGAUAAGGCAGGUGAAGAAGUUGGCCUUUCCCAACGCACGACGGCAAGCAGUGCUCAGGUGUCUGGAUCGGAAUUGGAAAGAGAAGAGCCCGAUCCAAGCAUGGACGCGAUUCCUGCAAGCAAGCACACCACUGCAAGCACGCUUGGGGACACAGUGCCUUUGGAGAAGAGCCCAACCCCAGAUGAACCGCGGACGUUGAGAGACACGCUACCAGAGGGGGAGCCGGGUAAGACGAGCAUGGAGCAGGUGUAG